GAAUUAGAAAUAAAUGUGCAACAUAUCACACGCACGUUUGCUUUGAUCGUGUGUCUUUUUGAUACCCCCAACAGUAGAGCCGAUCGCAAAGAUGCCAAUGCCAAUGGUUGUGUUGUCUCACAGGUAGCGAGAUCGAAAAUGCAUGGACUUUGUAGCCGCAGCGGAUGAAAAUGUACGCAUCAGAAUCAAAUAGUUUUGGGGUUUCCAAACGCACGCACACGCACAAACACGCGCGCGCAAACUCACACACACACACACACACACACACACACACACACACACACACACACACACACACGCGCGCGCGCGCGCGCGCGCGCGCACACACACGCGCGCGCCCACGCGAUAAGGCACCUACGAACGCGUGCACGCGAGAACGCACCUACGAAAGCGCGAAUGCAAGCACGCACCCCCCAUCAAAGAGAGAGAGAUUGACUGUCAAACUGAGUGGAUGUGCCUUCCUCGUGCUCCUGAUUUUAUACGCUGUUUUGCCGUGUUAUUUCUGGAAUCUCAACAUUUGCAACAGUGGUGCUGCUGAGUUGUUCGUACUGGCUAGUGCGUGCCUUCGAUUAAUAUAAAGCUGCCUCUGUUUAUUCAACAUUUUUGCCGAGAAAGUGUUUGGCUUCGUUUCUGCUCCUGUCACUCAUCAGAUUGUGCUGAGUCAUCGUUAUGCAGUGCUCAACCUGCAAUGCACCCACCGAUAGUGCUAAUUCGGUGUCCUGUGCCGGUGUUUGUGGUUCCAAGCAUCACACCCAUUGCACGGGGUUGUCCCGUGAUUCUACUCGUGAGCUUGGGCGUAAUAAUCAAUUGUUGUGGUUGUGCAAAACAUGUCACGAGUUUCGCAUUGGCACAAAUUCACUUCUCACAAAUCGGCUAUCAAGAGCGAUUUGCUUCCUGAGAUCCUCGCUCUCGUUGAUAAGCGAGCGCUAACACCCAUAUUAGCUAAGCCGUCUGUUAGCAACGCAUCGCGAUCGCACACAUCCACUAAUGUAUCGUCGCUCAAUGCCACAAAUACAUCCAGAACGACUAAAACAGCUUCCGCUCGCCGUACAUUUACUAACUCAACGGAGCUCACUGAUGAUAUCCAAGCUGCGAACGAUACCAACACUGUGGAUGAUUCUGACAACUGUAACCACUACAAUCAUCGUACUAAGCCGACUAGUGAUGUUAGUGCUGGAAACUAUCGAACAAAUACACAAGCAUCUUCUGAUCCUGUUUUGAACCAAAACACCACCAACACGGGCAUAGCCGAGAAAGUAUGGUUAUACUUCACGAACAUCAAAUCGCAUGUCUCGGCUGAUGAUAUGCGUGUGUGGCUUAAAGCUGUGCUACCAACGGACGACAUUAAUGUUUACCGUCUCACGAAAAAGGGUGUGAACCUGGACUCGAUGUCCUUCAUAUCGUUCAAACGCGUGAUUCUAUCACCAUCCCAGAUGACCGAGAUCCUAGAGGCUAUUCAACUGGAGUUUCCUCCCACACCGCCUCAGUUAUCACCGGGGGUGGGGCUUCAAUCACAAUCCAAUCUCAGCAACACGAACCGCUCACCACAGAUCAGCCCGUUUGCCAAACGGAUAGCUCACAAUUAA